UUGGGCCAGUGUGGGAAUAAGCGAGGCGGUAAUGGCAAUGGCGGAAGCGGCCGCUACUCUUCCAGCAGCGAAGUUCCCCUCUUGCUCAUCGAUUUCUUCGGUCGCCGGGAACUCGCAAGCGAGAUUAUGCUGCGGCGCCAGAUCGAGAGCGCCGUUUGUGGGCCUCCGGGGCUUUCCAGGGCUCAGAUUUUCAGGGCAGAAUGGCGCGGCCAAGAAUGCGCGGGCUUGCAAUGCUGCGAGGCGUGGGAUUGUGUGUAUGGCGGCUUCCGAUACACGAGAGUUUCCACUCGAGGACUACCGAAACAUUGGAAUCAUGGCUCACAUCGACGCUGGCAAGACUACAACAACCGAGCGCAUUCUUUACUACACCGGCAAGAACUACAAGAUCGGCGAAGUUCACGAAGGAAAUGCGACCAUGGACUGGAUGGAACAGGAAAGAGAACGAGGCAUUACUAUAACUUCCGCUGCCACAACCGCCGUGUGGAAGAACCAUCGGAUCAACAUCAUUGACACUCCGGGGCACGUCGACUUUACUCUUGAGGUGGAACGAGCUCUCAGAGUUUUGGACGGGGCUAUUUGCCUCUUCGACAGCGUUGCCGGUGUGGAGCCACAGUCAGAGACCGUGUGGAGGCAGGCUGACAAAUACGGGGUGCCGAGGAUCUGCUUUGUAAAUAAGAUGGAUAGGAUGGGAGCCAAUUUUUUCCGGACGAGGGACAUGAUCGUCAGCAACUUAGGAGCCAAACCGCUGGUACUACAGCUUCCGAUAGGAGCGGAGGAUACAUUCAAAGGGGUGGUCGAUUUGAUUACCAUGAAGGCUAUUUUGUGGAGCGGAGAACAGCUAGGUGCGAAGUUUAGCUACGAGGAGAUUCCCGACAACUUGGCAAAGGACGCGAAAGAUUACAGGGCACAGCUUGUCGAGCUGGUGGUGGAACAAGACGAUGAAGUUAUGGAGCAGUACUUGGAAGGAGUGGAGCCGGAUGAAGCAACCAUCAAGAGACUUAUACGGCAGGGAACGAUCUCAAACAGCUUUGUCCCAGUUCUUUGCGGAUCGGCAUUCAAGAACAAAGGUGUGCAGCCUCUGCUGGAUGCGGUGAUAGAGUUUCUUCCUUCUCCAGUGGAGUUGCCUUCGAUCAAAGGGACUGACAUGGACGAUCCGGAGGUCGUUCUCGAGCGAAAACCAUGUGACAAAGAACCAUUCUCGGGGCUGGCCUUCAAGGUGAUGACAGAUCCUUUUGUUGGAGCACUGACGUUCAUGCGGGUCUACUCCGGCGUUCUCACGGCCGGAUCUUACGCCCUCAAUGCGAACAAGAACAAGAAGGAGAGGAUCGGGCGUCUGCUCCAGAUGCACGCAAACUCACGGGAAGAUGUCAAGGUUGCAGUGACUGGAGACAUCGUAGCUCUCGCUGGUUUGAAGGACACGAUCACAGGGGAGACGCUGUGUGAUCCAGAGAAGCCAGUGAUCCUGGAAAGAAUGGACUUCCCUGAUCCCGUCAUCAAGGUGGCAAUAGAACCAAAGACGAAGGCUGAUGUCGACAAGAUGUCAACUGGCCUUAUCAAGCUUGCGCAAGAGGAUCCGUCGUUCCAUUUCUCCAGAGACGACGAAACAAACCAAACAGUCAUCGAAGGCAUGGGAGAGCUCCAUCUGGAAAUCAUCGUUGACAGGCUGAAACGGGAGUUCAAGGUGGAAGCUAACGUGGGAGCUCCACAAGUGAACUAUCGCGAGAGUAUCUCCAAGCCAACUGAGGUGAAGUACGUACACAAGAAACAGUCAGGAGGACAAGGCCAGUUCGCAGAGGUUGUGAUUAAGUUCGAGCCACUGGAGCCUGGCAGCGGAUACGAAUUCAAGAGCGAGAUCAAAGGUGGAACCGUUCCCAAGGAAUACGUUCCGGGGGUGGUGAAAGGCCUCGAGGACAGUAUCAGCAACGGGAUCCUGGCAGGCUACCCGGUGGUGGACUUUCGAGCAACCUUGGUCGAUGGUUCUUACCACGACGUCGACUCCAGCAUCCUGGCGUUCCAGCUCGCAGCUCGGGGAGCUUUCAGGGAGGGGAUUCCCAAAGCAGGGCCCAAGCUUCUGGAACCAGUGAUGAAGGUGGAAGUGGUGACACCGGAGGAGCACAUGGGAGACGUGAUCGGAGACUUAAACUCGAGGAGAGGCCAGAUCAACAGCUUGGGAGAGAAGCCCGGUGGCUUGAAGGUUGUGGAUGCGUUUGUUCCACUGGCGGAGAUGUUCCAGUACGUGAGUAAUCUCCGAGGAAUGACAAAGGGACGAGCAAGCUACUCGAUGCAGCUCUCCAAAUUCGAGAUCGUGCCACAGCAUGUCCAAACGCAAAUCACCUCCAAAGCUCAAACAGUCGCUGCGGCCUAAAACGCUUCUCUUUAACUUCCUUCGCGCGAUUUUAAAGAUUUUGUAUAACAGCAUAUUCGAAAUGCCUUGAAAUCUGGACGAUUCAGAGCAAAACGUCACUUUAAA